AUGGUGAGAGGGAGCAACGCGGUGGUGGGGGGGAUAAACUUCUUGACCUUCCUGGUAUCGAUUCCCAUACUGGGAGCGGGGAUAUGGCUGAGCACGAAGGCGACCACCGACUGCUUGAAGUUCCUCCAGUGGCCGAUCAUCAUCAUCGGGAUCGCCCUCAUGAUUAUCUCCCUUGCGGGCUUCGCAGGGGCCUGCUGCUACAUGAGCUGGUUGCUCCAGUUCUACCUCUUCGCCAUGUUCAUCGUCAUCGCCGUCCUCAUCGGAUUCACCAUCUUUGCCUUCGUCGUCACCAACCAGGGCGAGGGGAAGCAGGUGCCCGGAAGGACCUUCCUAGAGUAUCAACUCUCCGACUACUCCGACUGGCUCAGGGAACGCGUCUCUAACUCCGGGUACUGGGGGAAGAUCAGAUCCUGCGUGCAGGAAACGAAGGUCUGCCGGAAGAUCGGCCGCUACGUCGCCAUCACCGGCGGCACGUUGGCGCCGGCGCCGGCCGAGUUCUUCUACACUCGUAACCUCUCCCCCAUCGAGGUAAUCUCUGCGCUUCUCCCGAACGAUUAUACUGUUUUUAACCAUCGUUAGCUAGGAACAAGAAAGGCCGCGUUUUUCAGCCCAUUUCCCUUCUCCUCCUCAUCACGAUAGGGUAGGAGGAGAAGAAGGAGAAGAGAGUAGAGAGGAUUCGCCAUGGCUGCUCUGAUAUGGGGCCUGCCAGAGUUGUUAGGGGCCGUUCAUCACCAUGGAGCCCCUUUCCUCGUGGCAAUAACCCGGUUGACGUUGACUUACGCCGACCGUAUCUGUAUUCUACGGGAGAGAGAGGAUAAGCCGAGAAUAACAUAUUAUAUAUCCCGGCUUAUGACUUAUCCAAUGCCCAGCGGAGUUUUAAGGAUUUUAUUUGGGCUGUUCAGUCGGGUUGCUGCAAGCCGCCGACGGCUUGCGGGUUCGUGUACGUGAACGAGACGGUGUGGGAUACCGGCGGCGGCGCGUUGGCGGUGGCUGCGGCGGACGUCGACUGCAGGAGGUGGAGCAACAACCAGGAGGAGCUCUGCUACGACUGCGACUCUUGCAGGGCCGGCGUGGCGGCCAUGCUGAAGAGAAGCUGGAGGAGGGUCGUCCUCAUCAACAUCGUGGUGAUCGUCUUCCUCGUCAUCCUCUACGUCCUAGCCUGUGUGGCGGUCAGGAACAACCGCAGGUAUGACAGCGGCGUGGGCUUCGGGGUGGCCCGGAUGACCAAGAGCCACCCCAGCAGGUUCCAGUUCUAG